ACUCCACUCGACGUUUCCGAGGCGGCCGAGUUUGUCGGUCUGUCGUUCAGCGUGCGCCAGCUUAAUAUUAUGUAGGUUAUACUAGUGUGGUAUUUUGUAUGUGUAUCGCACAUAUUAAUAAUAACGUGCAGUUUACGUCGCGCGGGGACAAAACGGUUGUUUUUCGGUCGUCUCUCUCUCUCUCUCGACGACGACGAUAUAUUAUAAUUUUCGGCUGCCUACGUCUUCGCCGGUCCUCAUCGAGUACACAUCAAGCGUCACCGCAGCAGAGCCAUCGUUCGUCCGACCGACGGACGACUUUCGCGAGUUUCCUUGUAUAGUUGUACAACUGGCCGAAUGCGUUCAACUACGCGAGCCGAAUCCACUGAACUUGCAGUACAAUAAUAACCUAUAGUUUGAGACAUCUGUUCGUAAUUUUCUCGCUGUUUUGCUGAUCGCGGAGUAUUUCGCAUUGUAUAGUUAUACUAAGCGUUAUUAUUGUAACCACACGUUUAUGUGGUCAGUCGCAGAGCAACUCCGUAGAUUAUGACGUUUUUGAAAAAUAUCAGCUGAAGUCUCCUUGUCGAAAUCGAGUGUCACAUCGAAAUAUUGUUCCAGACCAGAAUUCAAUAUUCUAGACUUUUAUACAGUUCAAUGGUUACAUAAUGACGAGCAGUACAUCUCGACAGCGUGCUUGGUGAUGAGUUGUGUGAAGUGGAAUUCUGUAGCAAAGUUUUCAUUGACACGAUGGUGGACACCGACCGAGAUAAUAACAAUGCCGCCGCAGGCAAAGGCAUACUGAAACGGCGAAUUUUCGUCCGGAACGACAGACCACCCCAAGAGUCCACCGCAGCGACGGCCAAACCGCUUCAAGCCGGCGGCUUCUGUCUGGUAAACACUUGCAAACGGUGCGUAACGUUUGACGAAACGAUCACGAUCAAGAAUGACAAGGACCUGGUGGUCAGGAAGCCGCUGAAGCUGGAACUCGUCAUCGACAACUGGAAGUCAAACGGUGCGAAAACGCCGCCCGAAACGAUUCUGCCCGAUUCCGGGAUCGUCAGACGUCUGGUCGACGAGUUCAACACUAUUGAAGAAAAAAUGGCGGCAGCAAAGUUAACUAACGGAAAAUCGUCGUUACGAGGUCGUUCGCAAGGUUCCGGCAAGGUAAACGAUCUUAUAACUAUGUUCAAUUCGAAAUCAACAGACAGAAAAACUGAAGAGCUCCAAAUGAAAUUCAUCGACUUUUGACAGUAUUUUAUAUUCCUACUCCAAUGUAAAUAUAAUUGUAAAAACGUCGUGGGAGUCGACCCCCACCUCCCCAACCGGCGCUGUCGAAAUGUGGAAUUUUAUUCUGUACUAGUACGAUUCUGUUUGUGCUAUAAUUUUUGACCUUUUUAUAGUAUUGGCACGACCUUCCUCAAAACUAUAUUUUAUCAUUUAAUACACAAACAUUUCACGAAUAUCAAUAAUAUUGUCAGGUGGUAGCAAAUGUUUA